AGAGAUUGGAAAAUAACGAAUUGAUAACAAGAAUUUUUUAGUAUUACGUUUGACGACCCACUUUCCCCUGAUAGUGCACGAUGGGGAUUAUUAUAUCAAGAUUUAGGAAAGAGAAAACUACAUUUCAAAAAUUGGAAGGAUUAGAGGAAGACAUAAAAAGUCUCGAGGCGUACACAAUCAGCACACAAGAGCGACGGAAACGUUUCGUUGGGCGGUUUCUCGUCACAUCGAUCGUACUGUACGUGGUGGCAUCACUGAUCUUCUAUUUCGUCUUUUUUCCUCCUACAUGGAACGAACGAAUAGUUCAUUCCGUCCCGUUACUCAUCUGUCCUAUCAUCAUCUUCAUCUUAAAGCGAGUUCUUGCUUGGCACUAUGAGCGGAAACUGCGCCUGAACUCGAAUAAGCUAAAAGAUCUCCGUACGGAGAAGAAAAAACUACUCGAGAGUGUUAUGGAGAAGGAAACGUACAAGGUGGCGGUAGAAAUUUUGGAUAAAUUUGGCGAUAAGUCUCACCGAAUCCAGACGGCUGCAUUCAACGCAUCGAUUACGCCUAUGCGCGCCCCGAAAGUAAUGCCUGUUGGACCAUCGGCACAACGGAUGCCGGUUCCGAAUAUGCCUCAAAGACAAAUGUCUCCGCCUGCGGUGGUGCUGCGAACGGCUACACCGAUGACGCCACAGAUGCGACCUGCUGGUCCUAUCCAAAUUCCACGUACAGCUCCGGGUUUGAUGGUCAGACCACCGGUUCCUCAUCAAGGAACUCCGUUCAGAACCGCACCAUACAGACGGACUCCAUUCCCCAUCAUAAAUCACAACCAAAAGGGUGUUCUAGAGAAAAUGGUGGACUAUCUGGUGGGUGAUGGGCCAGCAAAUCGGUUUGCAAUGAUUUGCAGCGAAUGUUGCAUGCACAACGGGAUGGCUCUAAAAGAAGAAUAUGAGUUUACUGCUUUUCGGUGUGCUUUUUGUGGCACGUUAAAUGCAGCGAAAAAGCAGCGUCCCGUAGCACCACGGCUUCCCUUCGAGCAAGUUCAGUUUGACAAGCUUUCGCAAAAGCCUGAUUCAAGCACUGACUCGGAAGCAGGGGAAGAGGAAGAUCGCUCCUCGGGAUCAUCGCAAUCCAGCGAACCCCGAAGUCCCGGCGUUGGCGAAGAAGGGCCAUUUGAAUCGGAGCUGGAAAUUCAGCAAGGAGAAAUGCGCAACCUUCAGCAAACUGCAACCGACGAACAAACCGUACUCGACGAGGGCAACGAAGUUAAGCCUGAAAUGAGUGAUAAUGAAUCAAACGAUUUGAUAGACAGCACGAUUUCAAACGCCGCCGCCGAGCCCGUUGUAUCCGAAGUGCCAAGUAGACCAGAAACCGUAGGGUCGAAAAAAGUGGACUGA